CGCGUCUAAUGCAGUCGCUUUGCUGCAGAAGAACAGCCAGUACAGUGGUAGUUGAUUCGGAGUUUAGUAGGUUAAGUAAUUCUUUACAGUUACUCCGACAGCUGUUCUCUCAGAGUACUUAAGUGCGAUAGCAGGUGCUGAGUUUUUUUUUUUUUUUGGUAGUGAAAUCAGAAUUUUUAGCGCCGGCACGCGCUCACCAUGCCCGUGCUCACGAGCCCGGAGUUCGCCACCCAGUUCAAGGAGAAAUGGCUGAGGCUCCAUCCCGAGGACGAGGACAACGUGAGCGGCUCCGUCCACCUGGACGACAGCCUCACGAGCCUCCACUGGCUCCAGGACUUCUCGAUCCCGGGCGCGAACCCGGACCUACCCCCGAGCUCCUCCAGCAACUGCCCGUCGUCGGAGCCCCAGGGCACCGGCUCGCCCGCCAGCCCGCCCGCCGGGGACACGGCCGCCACGGGCAUGAUGCCUCGCGGCCCGGGCACCCCGCUCGCGUGCGGCAGCGCCACCGCGUGCCUGAACUGGGGCCGGCGACGACGGGAGCAAGUGGCGGCGGCGGCGCCCGAGAGCCCGGCGGGCGAGGACACGGACUACAGGACGAACCCUCAGGUGAAGCCGCCUUAUUCCUACGCCACUCUUAUCUGCAUGGCCAUGCAGGCGAGCAAGGAGACGAAGAUCACCCUGUCGGCCAUCUACAGCUGGAUCACAGAGAACUUCUCCUACUACAGGCACGCGGAGCCCAGCUGGCAGAACUCAGUCCGUUACCACCUUUCAGUGAACAAAUAUUUCAGGAAGGUGCCCAGGGAGAAAGACAAGCCAGGAAAAGGUGGCUUCUGGCAGAUCGACCCUCAGUAUGCUGACAUGUUUGUCAAUGGGGUCUUCAAACAGAAGCGAAUGCGUGCUUCUUGCUUUGGCUCCCAAAAGCUUAGCAGAACCUCACCCAAUUUGGUGUCCCCAUAUAGUUCCAUUGGGUUCACGCACCACAACAGGCACCAACCCAGGUUUAGUUACUUUGAAAGUAAUCAAGGCCCUCAUGUAGGGCUGGCUUUGUGCAACACACCUAAGCAGCCUACACCAAAACCAAGCUCUAUGGCAGCAAGGACCAUGGAUAAACAGCUGCUGGUGCCUGAACUGAAAGAGCUCGAGAGAAGAGAAACAGGAGAGUUUGACUGCAGCUCUGUGGUUGAUGACUUUUUCAGUGGCAGAUUUGACAUACUCGAGGACUUGGAUAUCAAUGCUUUCCAGACCUUGCUAGAGAGUGAGUUGGACCUCCCGCUGCAAGACCAGUCUCUGGCUGCCGAGGAGAAGUGGACCAGCAGUUGGCCUGAGAAGACCUGCGGGUGGUACCCGGAGGCUGGUGGUAUGGGGGGAGUUGUGUCCGACAACCCGCCGCAGCAGCAGUGCAUCCCUCUGUUCCCUCAACACCAUGAUCACCCGACCAUGUUUAUGGAGUCUCUGCAGCUUUCAUGGGAUGAGCUGAGGGAAGAUGUGCAAACUGGCCAUCUUAACACUGGAUCAUGGGCUUCCUGUCUGUGAGGGCUUCAUUAGUGAAACUGAUUAGAGAAAGGAAGCCACCAGAAGCUAAGAGUUUUGGGGGGGGGGGAUACAAGUUAAAAUUCUUUAAACAGUCUCCAACAUAGUGGAUAUGUACAUAUUGGUUGUUUAUAAAUGGUCAAUACAGAUUAUAAUGGAACACAUGAAAAGGCACAACACACCUUAGAGGUUUCCAUGCACAUUGACAUAAAUUGUUUAUGGAAUGGUGGCAUGGACUAUAGUAAUACUCCUCAGCUUUUACAAAAGCAGUGCUGAAUGUAAAUAGAUUGUCUAUUGUUUAGUACUCUCUUAGCUCCAUUUGAGUUUGAAAAGCCAAUAUUUAUGAGCUCAUUAAAAAUAUUUGACAGUUAAUAGACUGGCAUGCAGGGGUGUAACUAGGUUUUUGGAGUGACCAGGCAGGAAACAAAGGUAGGUAGUUUAAUUUGUUUACUCCUAUCGAUGUUCCCCAACGGACAUUAACUGAAGUGAACCCUUAACUGAACAUGAAAGGCCUUUCGGCUCAGUGAAGAAUGAAAGAGAACUGAGACUUAGCUGAAACAACAAAGCACAACACGGUUACAAGAAAAUGUCAUUUUCGAAACUACACUUGGUAAGGUGUUGAGAACACAGAUGAGACACCACUAUAAAUAGCUGAAUCGUCUCAGUUCCCAUACAGCCCAAGUCACAUACUUCCCACUAGUGCCUCAAACUCCCUUCUUAGUGUCUUCACAACUCCAGCGAGCCAGAGCUGAUACUCGUUUCUUCCCAACAAGCAGUCUUCAGGGGCUGCUGUCCAUUCGGAGGGAGAGUGGGAAGCCUCUUGCAUGCCACUCAUAUUUAUGAAACUGACUCCUUUACAUGUCCAAAUUUUGAACCAAGCCAUGAACUGGUGGUUUGUGUGAGUUGAAAUGAACUUGGCACUUAGUUAUGGUAAUGAUAAAGGACUUUGUGUUGUUUAAAAAAUGAGUUAAUAAAAAUGAUGUACAGUUUAAAUUUCUUUCCAAGUAAAUGCUACACAUUUUUGACACAGGACUCAGUUUAAUCUUUCCACAGCUUAGUUUGCUCUGGAUGGUGAGAGGAUCUUUAUCUUGAUUGAGAAGAGGAUGGUAGGUACUUUUGAGAUACCUGGAGCACAUAUCAAGUACAACUGUUGGGUGAAUUAAGGGAAAAGGAAUAUGUUUUUCAGUACUGGAGGGUAUAUAUUAAUAUUUUUUGUAUGUGUAAUGUUUUAAUCACUUUUCCAGUGGAAGAUUCAGGACAGUCCCAUGCUGUAGGUAGCCUUUGACAAGAGUGUUAAUUUCCAAAACCCUCACAGAAAUAAAUGUUUUUCCACAAGACAUAACUUGAGUCAAAGGUUUCAAGUACUUAAGUUGGAUCUUACAUAUCAUAUUGAUCUUAUGUUAAAUUUACAUCUGAACUUGAUUGUGUUCAUUAAAUCAUACCUAGUAUUUCCUGUCCCCCCCAGUUUCCUGGUCUGAAUUUUAUGCUAGUUAUUUUUAAUGAUAAAUGAGAAAA